UCGACGUGAUGACGUCAGAAAUAGCGUGCAGCGUGAACCGAGCGUCAGAUGCAGCAGUCAGAGGUCGGCGGCUCCUCCAGCGUUCUGCUGGUCGAAGCGUUUUAUGGCGGCUCUCACAAACAGCUGAUCGACCUUCUGAAGGAGAACGUCGAUGGAUGCUCCGUCUUCACGCUGCCGGCCAAGAAAUGGCACUGGAGAGCGAGAACAGCAGCUCUGUACUUCAGCCAGACCAUUCCUGUCUGUUCAUCAUACAGGGUUUUGUUUAGCAGCUCGGUUCUGAACCUUUGUGAGCUGGUAGCUCUCCGACCCGAUCUGGCCCGUCUGAAGAAGGUCCUGUACUUCCAUGAGAACCAGCUGGUCUACCCGGUCCGUAAAGACCAGGAGCGAGACUUCCAGUACGGAUACAACCAGGUGCUCUCAUGCCUGGUGUCGGAUGCGGUGGUCUUUAACUCCCGCUUCAACAUGGAGUCCUUCCUGUCCUCCAUCGGCUCGUUCAUGAAGAAGAUCCCAGACCACAGACCCAAAGACCUGGACCGGCUGAUCCGUCCAAAGUGUGUGGUUCUGAACUACCCAGUCCAGUUCCCUGAUGUCAGCAGUCUGCUGCCUGAACACAAACUGAGACGUCUUCACCGCUCUGCAGAGACCAAUCAGCAGCAGACGUCGAGGUGUGAAGAGGAUCCAUCAUCUGAUCCCAGAACCGUUCUGAUACCUGUGGACCAGGUGAAGCCUCUACACAUUGUGUGGCCUCAUAGGUGGGAACAUGACAAGAACCCGGAGCUGUUCUUCAACACUUUGAUCAAACUGAAGGAAAAACAACUGGAUUUCCAGCUGUCAGUGCUGGGAGAGACGUUCACCGAUGUGCCAGAGAUCUUCUCCUCCGCCCAGCAGCUGCUCCAGUCCAACAUCCUGAACUGGGGCUUCCUGCCCAGUAAGGACCAGUAUCUGGAGGUGCUGUGUGACGCCGACGUCGUCGUCUCCACCUCCAAGCACGAGUUCUUCGGAGUGGCAAUGUUGGAAGCAGUUCACUGUGGAUGUUUCCCUCUGUGUCCAAAGGCUCUGGUGUAUCCUGAAAUAUUCCCAGAUCAGUACCUGUACUCGACCCCUGAGCAGCUCUGUAAGCGUCUGCAGGAACUCUGCAGGAGGCCCGACCUCGCCCGUAGACAUGUCGUCAUGGUGGACACCUCAUUGUACUCCUGGACCUCUCUAAAACCACAAUUCCAGGCUGUCCUAUCUACGGAAGAGACGCCUCUGACUGACGGCUUCUUCUCUUCACUGGGAGUCGGUGCAAACAGCGAGAGCAGAAAGAGCUGGAAGCUGCUCAGAAAACAUCUGCAAACAUCUCCGGUCACCGUCUUCCACUCUUUGCUCCUCCUUUACACCCAAAGCCUCGUAUUUCUAACUGGAAACACAAAAUGAAGAGCACAACUCUCUAACUCUUAAAUUCUUAUAUUUCCAUUCAAAAAUUUUGAAUAUUAUUGGAAAAUUCGUUAAUUUCAGGAACAUAAUUCACAAUGUAAACACAUUGAAAAGGUUAAUUAUACACAGAGGCUGUUUUGUUUAUUUCAAUCAUAAUCAUUUUCUGCUUACAGCUCAUAAAAAUAUUACAUUUAAGAUUAAAAUAUUACUCCAGAUGAAUAAAUAAACAUUUUUAAAAGUUGUUAUUUUCAAAAAGUGUUUUUGGUAUCAUUGUUUAUAUAUUGUAAGCAUAAUAUAUUUCUAUAUCUUAAAAGUCUCACCAUCAUCAAAAUACUUUCAGUGUAUUUUGUUUGGCAUUUUUAGUUUUUGUCAGAAAAUGUUUUUAAAAGCAUUUUUUUUUUGUUUAAAAUGUAUCUAUAUAAAAACUGAGUUCUGUUCUGAUUAAUAAAUUAGUAAAAAUAAAUAUAUACAAAGGAAAUAAUAUCUAAAAACCAACAGCAGUCCAACUAAAUAUCAGUAAACUAAAACAUGUGUUUCAAGAUUCCUGUACUUAAAGUUCAUUAUUUUAGUCUGGCCACCUUUCAGAUGUUUUUCUUAUUUUUCUGUAGAGAUCAUAAAUAAAAUAAACAUUUUCAAACCUAACAGA